AUGCUUCCCCAGGCUACGUUCUACCCGUGGUCCGAUAAUUUCGAUAAUAAGUUAAGGAUUUUACAACGAAUGAGCAUCUAUCCCGAUAAUUUGUCGGGUUUUUUAGACGACGUAUGUCUCGGGCGUUUUUAUGACGUUUGCAAGAAAAAGUUACACGUCUCUGAGCCUAUCCAGUUUGCACGAUUUAGUUCCAUAGAUCUGCUACAGCUGGGUCUGACAGAAGCUGAAGUCAACCGACUGGUGUGUCGUUUACUGGACCUUGGAUUACCGAUAGGAAAUCUACUCCCUACCGGAGACGAUUCUCUCCACAACACAGAUCAAAUGUGGCGCUCUCAGCUGGACUUGAGGCCAUCUCAGAAUGCAAACUACCGACAUACUAGAUCCAAACUCCUCCGAAAGUUGUUUGGGAAGAAGCACGACUUUUACUCUAGUGCACCGGUUUCGCCCUUACAUCGGUAUCAUCAGUUUGAUAAAGCCCCGCUGGAUAAUUCGCGUUGUUCACGUCCUCGUCAGAUGUCAACUAGACACGACUCUCACGUUUCUCCGGAAUUCUCUGCUGCCAAGUCUUAUGAACCAACUGUAUCACAGACAAACGCGCUUCCUCGCAUUUCACGUGACAAUGAUGUUCAUCGCGAUCGGGAUUAUUCACUAGAACUUCCUAUGGAUCCGACGGCCUUACCCACACCGCCUUUAACCUGCUUAAUUCCGGAGCGGGAUAUUAAAGUGCAUUCUCGCUUGGGUGUUGGAUCAUUUGGCAUCGUGCGCCGAGCGGAUUGGACCACCCCCUCUGGUGAUGUGGUCCCUGUUGCUGUAAAGUUGCUUCGGCCAGAGGCGAUGGCUGGAGAUCAUUUUGCUAGUUUUCUGGACGAACUUCGUGCAAUGCAAUGUCUUUCUCAUCCCAACCUAAUCCGCCUCUAUGGUGUGGUCCUUUCUAACCCAACGAUGCUGGUCACCGAGCUUGCUCCACUCGGCAGCCUGCUCCUCCAUCUGCGAGCACACUCCAUAUGUGCCAACGCUGAAAGGGCUUCUGGUCGGCUUCCGUCGGUGCCAACCGCCCUGCAAGUAGACUCUCUAUGGGAUAUGGGAGUUCAGAUUGCUCGUGGAAUGGCUUACCUGAGCGCUCGUGGCUUAGUCCAUCGUGAUUUGGCCGCGCGAAACAUUCUUCUGGCAGCUGUACGACGCAAUGAAUAUCCACAAGUGAAGAUUGGGGAUUUCGGCCUUGCUCGGACCAUAACGUGUCUACCACCGGAACAACUUACUCCGAUCGACGAAGGCCAUGAUUUCCCUCGUGCUGCAUACAUGGGGAAGCUUGAACAACGUAUUCCCUUCGCCUGGUCUGCUCCAGAAUCUCUUCGAAAUCGUAUGUUCUCUCAGGCCAGCGAUGUUUGGAGUUGGGCAGUUACCGCCUGGGAAUUGUGGACUAAUGGCGCCGCUCCUUGGCCCAACAUGAAUGCAUCCCAAUUACUGGCUGCUCUCGAUGCCGGGCGCCGCCUUGCUUGGCCACGAUCACUUUGUCCUCGGCGGUUGUAUCAACUCAUGCUCGCGUGUUGGCGCAGGGAACCUAAUCGGAGACCUUCCUUCGCUUAUUUGGCCGACCGGCUUGAUCGGAUUCGUCCUUUCGAGGUAACUGCCACUCAAACGUUUGAUGAGGCCGAUCGCUUGGGUCUGGAAUAUGGUGACCUGGUGGUGGUCCUGGAUUCGCAGCCCGACCAGUUUUGGUGGCGUGGACAAAACAGACGUACGGGUGACUUGGGUUCCUUCCCCAAAAGCAUCGUAAGACGCGACUUGGUGUCAGAUUCCAAACAGAAGCCCUCACUACUGCCCCCCGGGAUGUCUGUUGCGAGCAAAUCCCCUAUGAACCGAUAUUCACCCUCCUAUUCCCGCUUCGGAGACUCCAGUACCAGCACCACAAACGCCCACCAUCAACGCAAGUGGUCAUUAUCCAGCUACAGUCGCGAAGCUGCAUCGGGCUCCGCAGAGGAGACCAAUAAUUACGCGUGCAAGGAACAGGUCGGAUUGGACGGGACCUGGUGCCCGUUGCGGGACUCCUCUAUUCGCAGCUCGAUCGACCGUCGAAUCACACAGGGAUCUGAAGAUGAGUACUCCUGCUCCAGCAUUGACUUUGUCUCUACUGAUGGCCCCUACUUGGAGCAUUACGAUGGGGAAGAUGACGAGCGUGCCCUGCUAGACCGUACACCCUCCGGGUCUGUUGGAACUGCCUGUUCCACUGUGAUCAGUUACUGCGGUUCGAAAUCCAAAUGCUCUUCUUGCAUGGUUGAUUUUAACGAUUUUGCAUCCGAAACAAAUGACUGUCUCGUGAACGGUUCUCUGCUUCCUCCUCCUCCCGGACCACCGGAAGACGAAACAAUUGGGACAACUUCGCCACCGGAGCACAGCAGGCUUUCUGCACAUCACCAGCGUCCGUUAUCUGUACAAGAACCUUUCGAUCUUCUCCAGAGUACUCCACGCAAUUCUCCGGAACCAGCGACGAGGGCGCGCUCCACCUCAUUCUCGAAUGUAAACUGUGAGAAAACAGCGUCAGAAACUGCAAACCACUCAACCGAUUCUAUGACACCUCUCAUCGAUCUGCAUAGCCCGACACCUCGAGCUCCGUUUACAUCACCCCAGCGAUUUUCAUACCUCACCCCUUCGGCUCCGGUGUACCUUCCUCGCUCGUCGUUCUUUCCUGCUCACCGACCCGCUGCGUUUGGGACGUCGUUCCCUCAGUACGCAGCCUCUGCUUUUUCAUCGUGUCCUGCACCACCUCCCUUGAAUUCCUUCGCGCCCUCAACCAGUACUGCGACAAUUGACCCCUUGGAUCCGUUUGAACUGCCCUCAGAAACCGAGCGCACGCUGUCAGCUCUUCUUCCUGAGCCACCCGAUGAUCCGUUCGAUUGGGACAGACUAAAGCGGUGCGUCUCCUCCAUGGAUCAUUGCAACCCAGACAGUCGUGAGAGCACACCGACGCUACUCACCUCUAGCGAGUCUGUGAAUACGGCCCGAGUGGAACGUGAGCUUCUCGUCGGAUCUGCCGCUCCAAGAACUCCGUUUCAUUCACACGAAACUGAAUAUGCUGCCAAAUUCGCUGAUUUCACCCGACGUCAGUCUGCUCCGAUGCAGAAUUCCGCAUUUCAACUAAGUAAUCCCAAAAAGGACAACUUACAAACUUCCGGUUCAACUGGUGCGUUUAACACCGUAAUGGAUCCUUUGGCUGGAGAGAUCGAUUGCGUUCGCGCACAAGUUCCUGGUUGUUCAAUCGAUGAGGCCAGCCAUGCGUUGACUUAUCUUCUAAAUCCCUUUGCCGUCUUGAAUCCUUGCUUGUCUAUCCCACCGCUGCCGUCUGCUCCUCCAUAUCAAGCCUCUUUAAAUCAGGCCAGCGCACAUGAGCCUCAACACGUCAUCAUUGCUCGCAUCCAACUCGCCGUACGCUUAGUUUUGGCCCACCGAUUGUGUCGUCUUGGCCUUAUUGACUGGGAUAGAAGUUGCCAAGUUUUAAGCUCCUUCCAUUGGAACUUAUUCUCUGCAGCUGAUUGGUUGGUUGAUCAGAAAUUAAUCAAGCCCUUUCAAUUCACUUAA